AUGGCGUGGCUCUGGAAUCAGAAAUUAGCUUUAUUUUAUUCACAUCUACACUCAGUCUACUGUGGCUGUUAUCACCUGCUCAGGGAGUUCCUACUCAUACUUGGGGUGAUAAUUCUCAGCUGAACCUUAAACCUUGCUUGCUAUUAUAUAACUUCUUUGAUGGGAGGUCCCUGGGUGCCUGCCAGAGGUGUGUAUACUUUUACCUGGCCUCGGCUGCUCCAUCAGCUCCUCUGAUGGUACAGACUGUCUGUGCCACUGCUGCCUGCUGCUGCUGCCAGGACACAAACACAGACAAGCUGCACAUAUACUAGCACACACCACAAACACAGAGACAGAAGGAGAACAGGCUGCCAGGCAGACAGACAGCCGUACGGACUGACGGAGGGAAACGCACACCACCAUGGGCUGCUGUAACAGAAGGUGCGGGCUGAUAGCCGGAGCUGUGUUUGGGGCGGUGGUAGCCGUCCUGGGAGGCGUCCUUAUCCCAGUGGGGAACAGCGUCAUUGAGGGGACAGUGGAGAAGGAAGCCGUCAUUGAGAAUGGAACGACAGCUUAUGACAACUGGGCGUCUGCAGAGGCACAGGUGUACAGGCAGUUCUGGUUCUUUGACGUGCAAAAUGCCCAGGAGGUUUUGCAGAAGGGAGCAAAUCCAGUGGUCGUGGAAAAAGGACCUUACACGUACAGGACAAGAUAUUUGGCCAAAGAGAACAUCACAUUCAACCCCAAUCAAACUGUCUCAUACCUGCUGCCUAUGGGCGCCAUCUUUGAGCCAUCCAUGUCAGUGGGAUCAGAGGAAGAGAAAGUCACCUCUCUCAACCUGGCUGUGGCUGGAGCUUAUUCACUGGUUCCCAAAGUGCUUCACGGUGCAUUGGAGGGUCUGAUAAAAUCAAGCAACUCCUCCUUGUUCCAGAACCGUACAGUCAGGGAAAUGCUGUGGGGAUACCAUGACCCCAUGUUGAAAGGAACUGUGGGCCUAUUUGCACCUUACAAUGGUACGUAUGAUGGCUACUACAACGUCUUCACUGGAAAGGACGACAUCUCAAAAGUGGGCAUAAUUGACAGGUGGCGAGGAGAGAGGACCUUACGUUUCUGGGACGACAAGUACUGUAACAUGAUCAACGGGACAGAUGCGUCCUCAUUCCCUCCCUUUGUGGACAAGACAAAGCCGCUCUAUUUCUUCUCGUCAGACAUCUGCAGGUCUGUGUCAGCUGGCUUUGAGGCGAGACUGGAUCUGAAAGGGAUUGAAGUGUAUCGCUACGCCCUCCAGCCAAAUACCCUGGCCUCCCCUACGGUCAACCCAGAUAAUCGAUGCUUCUGCAGAGACCCAAAGACUACCAAGGACUGCACCCUGGCAGGAGUUCUGGACAUCAGCUCCUGUCAAGACGGAAAACCGAUCUACAUCUCUCUGCCCCACUUCCUUCAUGGCAGUCAGUCCCUGCGAGAGGCCGUGCUAGGCCUCAAUCCCAGCGAGGAGCACCACGCCACCUACCUGGACGUGGAACCUACAACUGGAUUCACCCUGAGGUUUGCCAAGAGAAUUCAAGUGAAUAUGAUGUAUGGACCAUCAAAGGUCAUCACGGUGCUGAAGAAAGUCAAGGAUUAUACCAUAUUCCCUGUUGUUUGGCUGAAUGAGACGGCUGUGGUGGAUGACCCAACGGCGGAGAGGUUUAAGACAGAGCUAGUCUCCCGUAUCCAGAUGUUGGAGAUGAUACAGAACACACUAAUGGGCACAGGUGUGGGCAUCUUCGUCGUGUGUCUCAUCUCCUACUGCGUGGUGAGGAGGAACGAUAACCAAAGCAAGCUGGUGUGAAUGAAUCACACGGAAGUGUCUGUUGUGUGUGAGUCGCAGGACACAGUGCAUUAAGCUGCUACGGGACAUCAGACCGUUUGAUAUAGACUUGCACUUUUUUGUAAUUUUAGUGUUAUUUAUAAUGUCAUACUUCCUUUGAUACCAGGGGGGGAAUACUGUGAUUUAUGCAAAGCUCCCAGAGCUUUGUUAAGUAUUAUUUCAAUUGCAAACACUGUAACGUUAACUCAAUCAGGGAUCUUUAACGGGAGAGCGGAUGGAGACGCCACUAACAGUCAGGUUAUUAAUCCGCACAGAGGAGAGAUGGGUCUGUUUGACAUCCUAUGAAAGAAAUGUACAUGAAUCUAAUCUUGCGCAAAUGUCCGUAACCUUUGCUGAACUAGUCUCUUCUAAAUGAAUAAAAGCUGAAAACGAGUUUCUCACUGGGUGUUUGGUUCUGAGUGUUUACUCUUUCCUAACCGGCAACAGUCUAUCAUGAUUGGUCCACAUUCCCCUUGGCCUAAAAUACAGCCGAGAUGUUCCAGCUGCUGCAACAAACCUCCACAUUGUGCACACUGGAGCAAAAUGACUUGAUUUCCUCUUUACCUUGAGUGGUCCAUAAAUCAAAAAGAGUCAUAAAAAUGAGUCAAGGGAUGAUUAUAUGGUGGUUCUGAAUGGUACUUGGGUUUGUUUGGUGAGAAAGCAGUGUUUCUGCCCAGCAGGAGGCCUCUCCUUGGUUUUAUGGGUUUUAAAUGACCCUGUGCAGCCUCCUGGGUGUCUUUGAUUCAACUGUUGGGUCUGAAUCUCACAUGUCACACUUACAGUAUAAUGGAGUGUUUCAUUUGGGAUUAGACGUCUCCUCUUGAGGGGAAUUUGCAACCUCGGGGUAUCUCAGGUAUAUGGGAGCCUAUUUCUGUCAAUGUGAUGGAAGAAAAACCACAAGAAACUUUCUGAAAAUGAUGACUUAAUAUCUCAAAAUAAUAGUAUCUCAGAGUAAUGCGAUAAUAAUGACAUAAUGAGAAACUCUCAAAAUAGUGACAGUAGUAAUGAUAGUAAUGAUACUAUCAUUUGUCAUUAUCUUAAGAUAUUAUUAUUAUUUUUUUUAAAGGUACUGACUCAUUAUUUUGAGAAAAUUUC